AGAGAGUCAAACAUGACUGAGUUACUAACACUUUCAUUUUCAUAUCUAGUCUUUUUUCAGAUUCUUUUCCCAUAUAGGUUAUUCUGUAAUAAAUGGUAGUUUUGUCUUUAAAAGCAAUUAGCUACUUAAUUUCCUUUGCAGUGCAAAAACGGAAAAUUCAGCAGUUGGCUUUUCCAAGUGAAUUGUUCUCACCGAAUCUCAGUGAUCAUGAGGUCUGCUGUCUUAAUUGCAAACCGGAGUCGGUCAUGGCUGUCUGGGUCUAGUCCCCCACCCCUCACCUGUGUCUCAGGCCUUCAGCGAGCUCUUGCCUUGUCCCCAGCUUUCAGGGCAUCUGAGGGCACCCCGGGGAUGGGCAAAGGAGGCCAGGAGCUUUUCAGAAGAGGCUCUCAUUAGCCCCAGCCAGGCUGACCCCAUGAGGCUGCUGCCAGAUCCCCUCUUUACAGGCACAGAGUGGCUAGUUGCUGAUGAGGCCAGAUUGCAGUGGGUCUGAUUCUCCCCAGAACCCCUACCUCAGCCAGGAGGGUCAUGAAUGAUGCUUCCCCUUCCAUCACUGGGGUCACAGAGCCAGGGAGUGACCGGGCCAGACUGGCGCUGCUGGUCUGUGCUCCGAGUCCUGUCCCCCCCACCACCUCGCAGGACCCAGAUCCGUGUUUUCCCCAGACAGGUUUACCCUGAAGCCCUGUGUGCCCUCGGGGUCCAUCUCAUCCUGGCUGAACUGUGAGUUAGUGGAGCGGAGGCCUUGGCAGGCUGACAGAGAAGAAGCUCCUGCAUCCCGCCCUCGCAGGACCAUGAGCAUCUCACUUGUGAGCUUAGCCUGCUCCCCAGCAUCCCUCAGCCCAGGCCUGCUGCACCAAAGGCUGAGAUGGAAGACCCUCUCUUGUUUCCAGAAUGAGCCCAGCCCUGCCCAGUUGCUGACUGCAGGGGUGGUGGGCACAGGGCAAGACGCCCCUUCUGGAGCUGCUGGUUUUAGAGGUUGGCAGUUCCAACAGCACCUUCCUUUGUGCAUCUGUGUUGGUUACACUCUCCUCCCGAGCUCGUCAGGCUCCCUGGGUGAGACUGUGAGUGUGUUUGGUGGCUUCCUUGGCUUUCUGCCUUGGGGCCUGUUUAAUCUGGUCAGCAGGCCCUGGUGACUUUGGAGCGAUAACUGGAUGGCGCGGUGUCAGGGGCGGAGCUGACAGUAUGGAAUCUGAGGUCCUGUCCUGGCAGCCUGUGACCCUCGUGUCUGUCUGUGUCACAGGCUGCAGCCCGCCUGCCCCACCCCCAGCAGGUCCCUGGCUCUGGGGAUCUGAAAGCUGGGGACGUGGCCACAUGACAAAGCACAUCUUAGAUUUUAAUACUAGGUCUAUAUUUAGACCUCUGGGGGCAUGGUCUUGGAGCAAAGGGAAGUGAAGAAAGAGUUUAAAGGAAAGUGCAGUAGGACUGAAAAGAUUUAAAAGCUGCUGCUGUAGCUCAUUUGGGCAGGAAAAGACUUGGAGAGAGACAGGAAACACACUUCAGCCUAAUUUAAAUUUCCUAGGGAAGAUAAUAUUCGUUGUAAUCACAGAUACGUUCACUUAGAAACUUAGGAAAGAAGGAAAAUUAGGAACAUGCUGAUUUGGGUAUUUGUAUGUAUGCACUGCUGUGGAAGAUUUAUAUAUUUAUGAUUUACAUAUUUAUGAUUAUACAUGUACUUAUAUGUAAUUAGCAUAUAUAUCAGUUGUAUGAAUUCUUUUUCUAGGUUUGUUUUUCUUUUGUAUUAAUGUAUUUGUUCUUACAAAGUUUUUACCUGUACACCAGAGACAUGUUUUCUUUGUUAGAAUUCCAUUUUGUUUUCAUAAACUCAGUCAUGUUAUCUGUAUUUGAAUAUUUAAUUGGUUUUGGAGAAGUAGAACUGUCGUUCAGUGAAACGUCAGUUCCAGAAAAGACAUGGAGUGGGUUUCGUUUAAGAUGAAUGUGAGUUAUAAGCAGGCUCCUGGGUCCUGAUCCCCCCCCAGGUUGGAGGGCUGGUGGAGAGGUGGUGGGAAGAGUGACCCUGCCCCACUGACAGCUCAGUCCCCGGGGUGGUCCUGCCUGCACUCUGGCUCUGAGACUCUAAGUCUGCUGUGGACAGUCCUCAGGGGAACACACCCUCCCUGUGGACUUCCUCUCAGCAACUCACCGUCUCCCGCGAGACUCCUCACAGUGGAGAGAAAUGUUCCAAGUCUGCAUUUAACCGAAACUCAAGAAAAAGGACUUGGAGCGGGGAGGGAGGGAGUGGAGCCAGCUUCUCAGGACCAGCUGACACUCGGGCCGCAGAAAGCUCCAGCUCCAGACUUGCAAGUGAUAGCAUGCCUUGCCGGGCUCAAGGUUGCUGAGAGAUUUGGCAGCCAGGCCUGAGUUCAGAGAUCACACGUGCUCGGGCCAAGCGUCCUGCCCAGCGUCAGGACCGUGGGGAGGCGCGAGCGCGCGUUUUGCUGGAGCGCUGGUCUGAGCCUCGUGUUGUCCCGUUGUCAUCGCCCCCACCUCGGGCGGGAGCGCCGAGUAGGGGAGCGAUUGCAUCAGGCCCAGGUAGGGCCCUGAUUGGUCUGCCCCGCGUGGCUUGAGGACUGAGCCGAAGGCAGCCUUGUAGCCGCUGCCCUGCUGCCCAGAGACAGCCUGCCUACCGGGCCUCUGUCGGUGGGUCAGCACCCGGAGUGGGGGUCCUGCCUGCCAGGGACGGUGGGAGAGGCUGGGGACACACUCCUCUUCAAGACACAGUCUCGAUUUAAAAUGCCAUCUUGUUCCUCUGACUGCUUUUUCCAUGCUGUGGAGGAUGUUAAAGUCUUCAGUGAAGACGGGACAAGCAAAGUGGUGGAGAUUCUGGCAGACAUGACGGCCAGGGACCUGUGCCAGCUGCUGGUUUACAAAAGUCACUGUGUGGACGACAACAGCUGGGCUCUGGUGGAGCAUCACCCACACCUGGGAUUAGAGCGCUGCUUGGAAGAUCAUGAGCUGGUAGUCCAGGUGGAGAGCACCAUGACAAGUGAAAGUAAAUUUUUAUUCAGGAAGAAUUAUGCAAAAUACGAGUUUUUCAAAAAUCCCAUGAAUUUCUUCCCAGAACAGAUGGUUACGUGGUGCCAGCAGUCCAACGGCAGUCACACCCAGCUUCUGCAGAAUUUUUUAAACUCCAGUAGUUGUCCUGAGAUUCAAGGGUUUCUGCACGUGAAGGAGCUGGGAAGGAAAUCGUGGAAGAAGCUGUAUGUGUGUUUGCGGAGAUCCGGCCUCUAUUGCUCCACAAAGGGAGCUUCGAAGGAGCCCAGACACCUGCAGCUGCUGGCCGACCUGGAGGACAGCAGCAUCUUCUCCCUGAUUGCUGGCAGGAAGCAAUACAGUGCCCCCACAGACUAUGGCUUCUGCAUAAAGCCUAACAGAGUCAGGAACGAGGCUAAGGAGCUGCGCUUGCUCUGUGCCGAGGAUGAGCAGAGCCGGACGUGCUGGGUGACAGCCUGCAGGCUCCUCAAGUAUGGGAUGCUCCUUUACCAGAACUACAGAAUCCCACAGCAGAGGAAGGCUAUGCUGUCCCACUUCUCGACUCCAGUGCGCAGCGUCUCUGAGAACUCCCUUGUGGCAAUGGAUUUCUCUGGGCAAACGGGAAGAGUAAUCGAGAAUCCGGCUGAGGCCCAGAGCGCAGCCCUGGAAGAAGGCCAUGCCUGGAGGAAACGAAGCACGCGGAUGAAUAUCCUAGGUAGCCAAAGCCCCCUCCACCCUUCCGCCCUCAGUACAGUGAUUCACAGGACGCAGCACUGGUUUCACGGCAGGAUCUCCAGGGAGGAGUCGCACCGGAUCAUUAAACAGCAAGGGCUCGUGGAUGGGCUCUUUCUCCUCCGUGACAGCCAAAGUAACCCAAAGGCGUUCGUCCUCACACUGUGUCAUCAUCAGAAGAUUAAAAAUUUCCAGAUCUUACCUUGCGAGGAUGACGGGCAGACAUUCUUCAGCCUUGACGACGGGAACACCAAAUUCUCUGACCUGAUCCAGCUUGUUGACUUUUACCAGCUGAACAAAGGGGUCCUGCCUUGCAGACUGAAGCACCACUGCAUCCGAGUGGCCUUAUGACCUCAGAUCUAGCCUGGCUGCAGGCCGGUGGGCGCUGACACUGGAGUGAAGAGGCCUGUGCAUCCUUCAGAACACACAUCUGUCUGCACCUCGGGGCUCGGAGCAAGACGGUGCAUUUGGCACCGGCUGACCACAAUCGACUCGUCUGUUGGACUUGACGGUGGUUCGCUGCUGCAGAUACAGCAGGGCUGCCCUUCUCUCCCUGGCCUCAUCAGGGAGGGCAGGAGAGAGCAGAUUCGAGAGUAAACUGGAAUGAUGGUCUUGGCUGGGCCAUGGAGGAACGCAAGCCAGAGAGAAGUGAUUAGAAGUGAACUCUUGCCCUGGAAUAAUCUUGACAAUUAAAACUGAUAUGUUUACUUUUUUGUAUCGAUCCCUUUUUUGCACUCCUUGUUUUCAAUAUUGUAUUCAGCUUAUGGCAGGAGGGGCCGUGGCUUUUCCGUGUGUACGAGAUGUAAAGACACUUGAAAAGGGGCAGCCCCCAGAGGUUGACCGCGUUUGCAGAGGGUGGUGCAUACCCUCUGCACAUCACUCCCAGACAGCAGGCACCCCAGCCUCCCCCGCCCCAGUAUACUUGAAAGCUUUUUCGAAAUAAAAGGUGUUCUUGUGGCAGGCACGUGGUGUGCUCUGUGGCCAGAGAAGCGACCCAGUCUGCCUCCCCCCACUCUGUGCCCAUCCCCCACUCGUGCUGCCCACCUGCCGUCCACGUGUCGUUUUGUCUUCCCCGCUGCUGGACACAUGUCUCUUUGGAAAACUCGCUGUCCCACAACACAGGGCUGAGUGGCGGCCCCUCGUUGGCCACAGGCUAGCCUUCCUAACAUACAGCGAGUGCCCCUUGCCUGCCUGCAGGGGACGCCAGGCCGCCUGCCCCACCUUCCAGCCUGUUCUAGAACCAUCUCUGCCUUACCCCUCUGCAGUGGUGCCAGCCUUCCAAGGCUGCUCUUCCUGCCGUGGGGGCUCUGAGGAUCUGAAAGGAGGUGGCACCUGCGUGGCCUGCUUCCAUAUGUAGCGGGUUUCCAUGGUGACAGAGGUGGAAACCUUGGAGAGGGCAGCCCCACAGAGGAUGGUCUCGCUUGGUGGCCUCCUUCCUGCUGACAGCCCUGUGGCCAGGCCCUGCAAGGCAGCAGGUGGUUCCUCCAUUGGCCCGGGUCAGGAGGCCCCCACAGUGGGGCUGGCCAUGGACAGGUUGGCAAUGUAGCACUGGGUGCAGCUCCAGGAGCUGAGUCAGAUUCUGGCCUGAGAUGUCCCCACCCUCUGCCUGGCCCCGUGGCCAAGUCUUCAGUGUGCAGGCGGCCGUUCCUCUGCCUUUGAUCCAUGCAGAGCAGAAAGGGCUCCCCGACGGCACGCACACCGCUUGCUGAAGGAUGACUUCCGUCCUCAGGUCACAGCGGCCAUGCUUCCCUGCCCCUGUGGACCGUGCUGGCCGCUAGACCCCUGGACUGCCCACUGCAGCACUUCCCAAGGGAGACGUGCGGCUUAGGACACAGUGACGCAUACCCGCUGUACCUCAGUUCGUGGUAUAGACACUGUAUUUUAGUUGACAAGACACACUCUACUUAUUUCCCAUGAAGUGUCUACUUAGACAAAUGAAGAAUUUUUAGUAAAACAUGUUUUUAACCAUGAACAUUCAAUGGCUUUUUGGCUUGUUUGUUUUGGGAUGGGGGUGGUUGUUUUCUGGCCUGUUAAUCUUUCCAACUGUUGACAAUUAGGUAAUUUUUGAGUCAUGCCUGGCAGCCUGCUUCCCCUGGAGGGACUGAUGCUUUAGUUACACUAAGUAGACAUUUUUCUCUUUGCCAGUUGGAGGUAAAGCCUUUAAAAAACAAAAAAAUCCAGCAAAAAAAAAAAAGCCACCUCUCCAGUUUCUGUUUUCUGUUUACAUAGACCAGUCUCCACCAGUGAGAUGAGACUCACUCAAUAGACAGCUAGUAUCUGCAGUAUUGCGUAUUUAUAAAUACACCUAUUUAAAAAGAGAACUAGAGCUUGACUCUGAUGCACGAUUCUGUGUGUACCCUCCUGGCCACAGUGAGCUGCACAGCGCGUGACCUCCCAGGGCCCCUUGUACUGGGGGAUCCCCCUGCCAAAGGGCAGCCCCUCGCAGGAGAUGGGCGUCCAGCUGGGCCAGCCAGGGGCUGAAGGACAUUCGACUUUUAUUUUUGUAUUUAAAUGACAUGAAUGUAAACGGAACAGCUCAGGGUCGUUUCAGAGCCUGUUGACUUUUUAUCUCUUCCUGUGAUUUUCUGUUGUGAACAGAAACUCCAUGUAGCAACCUGGACUGAAUUGAGAAAGAAAACGCCAAAUGCUUUGGGGAUUAAUGCUAAGUAGGAGAGCUUUGUGACCUUAUGUGUUAGAGUUUCAGAACGUUUUUCUGUUUGCUAAACCUUGAAGAAAUAUGUGCCUCAGUCUAGAUGUUUUGUCUUCUCUCUUCUGCACUGAAUACCUGAGGGUUUGACCAAUCAACACACCUCUGCGGGGGUGGGGCUGGCUCGCGGGGGCUCUGAUGCUGUGGUGUGGUGAGCAUGGCAUUGCCUGACGUGUCGACGUUUUCAGGGAACGCAGAACAGAUUAACCCAAAAGACAAAACCUUUGUCCCACGUGCUUUGCUCCUUUCUGUACAUAGCUCCUCGGCUCACGAACCUAACUGUAAACAUUCAGGUAUUUUUGUACAAAUAAGGGACUGAUGUUCUGUUUGUCGUUAGAAAUAAACAUUAAUACAGUGUUCUUCA